GUCCAUUGCCCUGCUUACACAUGUCUGCUCUCUGCUACCAACCGUCGGCAAAAAAAGGGCAGAGCUUGGCCGGAGCGAGAGACGGCGCAGACGUCGCGGGCGGCGGCAGCGGCGAUGGGAAGCCUGCUGGGCGGCUGGCCGAGCCACAACCCUCAGAACUUCAGCCAGCUCGUCCCGGCCGACCCCUCCGCCCAGCCCACGAAUAUCACACCAACAACUUACAUUGCAGCACAUAGGACAGAUCCACCUCCAAAUCAAGGAACGGACUGUCGUGUCUUUCAUAACAAGGCCCUGCAGCCUUUGGAUGUGGCCGUAAUAAUUCAAGAGGAGGUAGUGCAGUGGCCAUGGGCAUAUGCCUUCUCCCAUGAUACCAGGCAUAGUUGCAAUUCCCUUGCUUUGGCUUCUUUGCUACCCUAGCGUGUUUGGGUUUUGCCUUUUGCCCUUUAUUAUAUAUUUUGUAUAUUACUUGUUUUAAUUUCAAUCUAUAUGAAUGGGAAGAGCACCUCCCUUUUCCAAAAUUAGUCGUACAUUUCAUUAUAGGUCUGCAGGUUGCACUGUUACAAAUUCUUAAUCCACAAGUUAGUUUUUCUCUUGGGAGCAUGAGGAAGAGGAGGACAUAGCAGUGAUGUCAGACUUACAUUUUUUACACCUUAAAGGAGAUUCUUUAAUGUUCCCUUCAAGUUGAAUUCUUAGAGAACUCAUACUGAGAGUGCCUUCGACAAGGAGAUAUAGCAGCACUCGGUCCUUGAGAGGAAUUGGUUGAGUUGAGUGAAAGAGGCAAGCAGUUGCCUAAUGAUUAAUCAUGAAUAUAGGUGGGUUCUCGGUUCAUAGGCUUAUGGCCCAUUGUCUGGUGCCUAAUAAAUUUAUUAGGCUAGGCUGAACUGCCAAAAAUCCUGGCACAUCGGCCCAGCUGGCGGUCAGUGAAAUUUUUAUUGCAUACUCCUAACGAACUCUACAAAGAAAGGUUAAUUUCAAUAAUAAGAACUAUAUGAUUGAUUUCCUUUAAAAAAUCGACAUAAUAUUUUUAAGAGCAGAGUGCACUGACAGAGCAAGCACCUGCUACAUUAUGUGCCAUUUUUCGGCGUUGCGAGCAUAAAUUGUGAAGAAGUUAUCAGUUGCUAACAUUGAGAAGUAGACAAGAACUAAAAUCAUCUGAAUAGACCCUUAACACUGAACUUGCAAGUUUCAGAGCUGUGCCACAGAUUUUGGUUAGCUGAAAUGCACUGAACACUCGAUUUGGUUCAUUGCAGGGAUCGAGUUGCUUCCUUUUAUUGCCAGCUUGUGUCAACAUUUCGUGAUAUACACAUUUUCUUAUGAAAUUCCUGUGUGGCAAACUAUUCUUCCGGCAGAUAGAUUGGCUAAACAAGCUGCUAAUGAAACGGACUGCUAGUUAUGUGUUGACAGAACCUCCUUUUCUAAAAAAAAGUUAUGUGUUGAGUGUGUCGGUGUUGCGUGCCUCGUUGAGUGAUUAGUUUUGCAUAUAUGUAUGUUCCAAGUA